AUGUGGCGUCUAGCCAGUUAUAUCUAUCGUGCUUUUCGAAGCGUAGCUACUCAUCGUUGUUCACAAGAUAUAAUUGUUCCAGUAACAACUGUUCAUACGAAUGAUGAUGAAUCAAAUCGCAAAGAAAAACAAGAAGAUUUAACUAACAACAAACUCGAUAUUGAUCGUAUUAUUAAAAAUAAUCGAUUUUCAUUUCGAAAUUUUGAGAAAUUACAAGAAUAUUUAUUUAAAUCUUCACUUCAACAGUUAAUACUUAAACUACAUGUUAUCAAAACUAUUGAACCUCCUACAACCGAACAUGUCGUCAAAGAAGUUCAAACAUUGCCAACUUCUUCGACUGAACAGGAACAAACUGUUGUUUCAUUGCUUGAAGCAGAUGAAAAUUAUAUGAAGACUCUACAAAAUCUAUAUGAAUUAAAUAAAGAAACAAUAUCGUUUAUAAAUAAUCUAUCAGCUAUUGAGGCAUUGGAAGCGGGAGAUGUAAAGUUGGGUAUUGAAACUCUUCAAAUGAGUGCAAAAGAUGGUACAAAUCCAGCAGCAUUAUACAAUUUAGGUAUUUGUUAUGAAAGCGGUGUUGGUGUUGAAAAAGAUCGUGCUAAAGCAUGUGAUUAUUAUCGUCAAGCAUCUAUGUUAGGUCAUAGUGAUGCGUUCUUUAAUUUAACAUUUCUUUCAAAUCAUAUUGACAUUAAUGAUGAUGAUGAUGAAAGCUCAGAACAAACUGUUAUUGAUCAAUCUCAUGUAUUUCCUUUUUCGUUUACAAAACAAUAUAAUGAAGAACAAUCACAAGCAUGGAGUGAUUAUCAAUUAAGUUUCACGAAAACUCUUAGUUGCUUAGCGUAG